GGUGUAAAAAAAAAGAUGAAGGUGGAGCCGGAGUUGAGACGCGUCCAGGGGAGUGUUGUGGUGCGCCGGCUGCUGCUGCUGCUGCUGCUGGACCUUCCUCUUGCUCCUGCUGCUGCUGAGCUGCUCAUGACAACCACAACAACCAUGGCACUCUCCGCCACUAGAGUAGUUAAGAGGUUGUCUGGAGCAUUGAGUCGGAGUUUCUCAACAAGUAGAGUUGUAGCAGCCAAUCAAUUAACCGUCCGUGAUGCCCUCAACACCGCCCUCGAUGAAGAAAUGGAACGUGAUGAAACGGUGUUCCUGAUGGGAGAAGAGGUAGCUCAGUACGAUGGUGCUUAUAAGAUAUCUCGUGGCUUAUGGAAGAAGUAUGGUGACAAGCGAGUAAUAGAUACUCCAAUCACUGAGAGUGGUUUUGCUGGUAUAGCUGUUGGAGCAGCCAUGGGUGGGUUGCGACCAGUGUGCGAGUUCAUGACCUUCAACUUCUCGAUGCAAGCCAUAGAUCAUGUUAUCAACUCUGCUUCUAAGACCUUCUACAUGUCUGCUGGUCUGAUCCAUGUACCAAUUGUGUUUCGUGGACCGAAUGGAGCAGCUGCUGGUGUAGGGGCCCAACACUCCCAGUGUUUUGGGGCCUGGUAUUCUCACUGCCCUGGACUAAAGGUGGUGUCCCCCUAUUCAGCUGAAGAUGCAAGGGGCCUUUUGAAAGCAGCCAUUCGUGACCCUGAUCCUGUGGUUGUGUUGGAGAAUGAACUUCUGUAUGGAACUCCUUUUGACAUUUCUGAGGAUGUCCUCAGCAAGGACUUUGUGGUUCCCCUGGGGAAAGCCAAGGUGGAGCGUGAAGGACAACAUAUAACCUUGGUAGCGCACUCCCGAGCUGUUAUGUUGGCACUGGAGGCUGCCACGACACUUGCUGGGGAAGGUGUGGAGUGUGAGGUCAUCAAUCUUCGUUCUCUACGACCCUUGGACGAAGAAACCAUUGUUAAGUCAGUGAUAAAGACUCAUAACUUGGUGACAGUUGAGCAAGGUUGGCCCCAGUGUGGCAUUGGCUCUGAGAUUUGUGCUAGAGUAGUUGAAAGUCCAGCAUAUCACUACCUAGAAUCUCCUGUUGUACGUGUGACGGGAGUUGACGUUCCUAUGCCAUAUGCCAAGAGUUUGGAAAUAGCAUGUAUUCCACAACCCCAUGAUAUAAUCAAGGCUGUGAAGAAAGUUCUGAAAAUCAUAAAAUAAAAUAGACAAUAUAGUAAGUGUUUGCAACUAUUUUAUUAAGAAGACAUACAUUACAUGAGUUCUACCUAAUAUUGACAAAAAUCAUCAUGUUCUUGCCAUGUGAACUCUUAUGAUUACCUACUGUAGAUAUGAUUAGGAAUUAUUUAUAUAAUUGUUCACACUUCUUAUAUAACAGCAAGGCAUACAUUACCAGUAUGCACAACUGUACUGUUUAAUAUUUUGGCUGUACAUAGUAUUUGUUAUACAUAAUGUUAAUGUUCAGGAUUAUUAAACCAUCCCCAUUUUUA